AUGGGGUUCCAGUAAAGCGCGAGAAUAAGUAACCGAAAAGUCGCAAGAAAGAAAUCCAUGGCCCUCCUCUCUAUGAACUCUCCAUUUGGCGGUCCCUCCUCCUCCUCCUCCUCAGCAGCAACCCCCUCCCUCGCACCUCAGGCGAACAGAGAUCGGAAAAUGCAUUCCGCAGAGCAGUUGGUGCUAGAUCUCAGCAAUCCCGACCUUAGAGAGGACGCGCUUCUCGAGCUAUCCAAGAAAAGGGAGCUUUUUCAAGAUUUGGCUCCACUGUUGUGGAACUCCUUUGGUACCAUGGCAGCACUGUUGCAGGAAAUAGUUUCCAUCUACCCUGUCUUGUCACCUCCAAACCUUACCCCUGCACAGUCAAACCGAGUUUGCAAUGCCCUUGCUCUCCUUCAGUGUGUGGCUUCUCAUCCAGAGACUAGGAUGAUGUUCCUUAAUGCACACAUUCCUUUGUAUCUGUACCCAUUUCUUAAUACAACAAGCAAAUCAAGGCCAUUCGAGUUCUUGAGGCUCACUAGCCUAGGCGUCAUUGGUGCUUUAGUGAAGGUAGAUGAUACAGAUGUCAUUAGUUUCCUUCUGUCAACUGAAAUCAUUCCUCUGUGCCUACGGACAAUGGAGAUGGGUAGCGAAUUGUCAAAAACAGUUGCAACAUUUAUUGUUCAAAAAAUUCUGUUGGACGAGAUGGGAUUGGACUACAUAUGCACCACAGCAGAGCGGUUCUUUGCAGUGGGUAGGGUCUUGGCAAAUAUGGUAGCGGUGCUUGCUGAACAGCCAUCCUCACGCCUUCUCAAACAUAUUAUUCGUUGUUACCUUCGACUGUCAGAUAAUGCAAGGGCCUGUGAUGCGUUGAGAAGUUGCCUUCCUGACAUGUUAAGAGAUAAUACAUUCAAUAGUUGUCUCAGGGAUGACCCAACAAGUAGGAAAUGGCUACUUCAAUUGCUUCACAAUGUAGAGGGGCCUAGGGCAGCUCUACCAGCUGGUGGAGGGUUUGAACAUCUCCUUGUCAACUGAUAUGUGAUGAUGGUUAAGGUUAAGAGCGAUAAUUUGGUGAUAUCGUCUUCCUGAGAUUUUUGCCUAUUAUUAGACAAAGAAAAACAAAAUAGGGUUUUGGAAAGCUUGUAUCAUGGCUAACUAACUAAAAGAAUUAGCCUACAAUAUGGGGUUAUGAUUAUUUCUAUCUUUUCAUUUAAUUGUGGGGGUAUAUCUGAAUAUUCAUUGGUAUGGUUUCUAUAUCAAACAAACAAAGUUGUUCUUGAGCUCUCA